AUAUUUUACGUCACCAUUAAGAUAAGUAAUACAUUUUUUGAAAUGAUACCGAACGUUGAGUACUUGCGUUAAUAGUUCAAACAUUAAGUACUUGAUAAUUUAAGGUUAAAUACUUGAGAGAUAAUAUGUACUAAGUGUUUGAGAAUACUUUUGUAGAAAAUAUGUUAGUUUAAUUUCGGGCGGUAAUAUAUAUGUGUCUUUUUCCAUUUUUCUUUCGUCUCUUUUCCCCUUUUUAACCCUUCUAUGAUUAUAUUUCCUGCCACACCCUUUCAUCCUUCAUAAUCGCUUUCUUACUUUCUUUAUUUUCUUUUUCUUUUUUUCAUACAUCGGACUAUGAUCAUUAAGGAGACAUAACAUAACUUGAAAAUCACUUGGUUUUCUAAGCAAUAAUCAACUUCAACGAUACUUUAUCCUAAUACUUACUCUACGUUAGAAUCUUAUUCUUUCUAUAUCUAUGAAAUGGAGAACAAUAAGAAGUAACGAUCAAGAGAUUUCCAGAGUCUUAAAAUAUUUAACAUUCAUAAAGAUUCAGUUCUCAAUACUCAAUUGUCCAAACCAUUCUAUCCGAAGAACGUUUCAAACAUUUCAAGCAGAUUAAGAUGCUCGAAAAUUUACGAGUACGUGAGUCAGUUUUUGAUUUUCUUCGUCAAAAAUACCGGAAGCUGUCUCGAAAUGGACAAUGGGAACGUAACAUUUUUGCCCACGAAUCUCUGCGAUAUUUGGAAGAUAGCGGAGGAAGCGAUUCUUAAUUCGACUCGUUUCUCGCUCGAUCGUUUCAUACACGUGGAUCAACAUCGUGGACCCCUCCUCUUUCACGGAACUAUCGCUACUUGAAGAUCAUCUUCCUGAGUAAAAGCCGCGUGCUAACCGAAUGUCGGCACAGACAGCAUCAUGAGCUUGGUAACGCUAGUGUUUCUAUUGGCGACAGUGUCGAUCACCCUGACGAACUCUCAAGAGACAGGGAUUCCUGACAAGGGUUUGGAUGUGACCCAAGCACCAAUAAAACUGGACAAAAACCUUCGCCGAGCUCUCUUGAAAGCCCUGACCGACUUAGAGGCGGAAUCUGCUGAGCAGAGCAAAGAGGAAUCGGAAAACAUCGCUCAAAGAGACACGAGCGCCUUUGAGGUUGUAGCAAAGAAGAAUCUGAACGAUGAUCUCGACGUGCAGAAAAGUAAGUUCUCGUUCAAGAGUUUCCCAAGCGACGACGAUAUACCGAGCGAAGAUAAACUACAGAAUUCCAGUUUCAUCGACGCCUUUCAUUACGUAACUUUGAAGACGCCAAUGAUGAACAUCGAGAAAGCUACGCAAGAAGACGCUAGGAGCUUUCAUGUGCAGAACGUGAUACUACCGGUGAAAAAUUCAGCGACCUUCGGAAUCAAAACCGAACCCAAGGUGCAACAGAAGGAGAAAACGACGCAAGCCACGUUUUCAGUGAAUAAAGUGGAGAGUUUAACUUUGAAACCAGCAACUGAGAUCUCUGAGAGUUUAGCAGGAAGUGCUUCCAAUGGAAUUGCCACUGCCAAUGCCUUGGUUGCUCCAAAACCAACUGAAAUCACUCCUACAGUAUCAACAAGAAAGAACGUAACAGUGAUCGAGUCUAACGACUCUAAAGACAAAACAGAGGAAGUUAAAAUUUUCCAGGCACCCUUGGUAGCAGCGUUUACCGUGCAACAGGAUGAACAAGGUGUACCCAAAAGCGUGGUUCCAAUAUUUAGAUCGCCCAACGAUGGACAAGCUCUGACUCUCCAAGAGCAGUUGGAAUUUAAACAGCAGCUUCUGGAGAAACAAUUGGCGGAACUUCAGCAGCAACAGAUCCAGCAGACACAGUUUUUAGUGAGGCAACAACAAUUAUAUGAGCAACAACUGAGACAGAAGCAACAGCACCAGUUUUAUCUGCAGGAACAAGCUAGAAUUAAGCAACUAGAGGAACAAGCUAGGAUUAAACAAUUAGAAGAACAGACUAGAAUCAAACAGUUGGAGGAGCAAACUAAAUUGAAACGACUGGAAGAACAGGCUAGAUUCAAACAGUUAGAGGAGCAACGUUUUAAGUUUGAGGAGCAGAGACUGAAUAGAUUCCAGCCUCAGCGUCCUAUACCUCAAAAGCAGUCUUUCUUUGAACAGAGCAAUAACAUCUUAAACUUUCAGCCUCCUGUUGAAUCGAACGUUCACCUGCAGCCUAGUUUGGCUCUGGAAGUACCAAACAUUGACGCGUCUCCAGCUUUCCAGCCAACUUUCCAACCAGACCAACGUCUGCAACCAUUCAGACAACAGCCACAGGCACACCAUCAGCUUCAACAACAGCAACCGCCGCAGUUACCUCAACCACAGCAAUUGCAACAAUUGCAACAACUUCCACAACCUCAACAGUUGCAACAACUUCCGCAACCUCAACAGUUGCAACCACCCCAGCAUCACCAGAGACUGCAACAAAGCUUCGGCUCUUUCUCGAACGAUUUCCAGCCUUCGUUAGCACCUGCGUCGAGGUUUAAUAGACAGGAAGCCUUUAAUUCUAUUGGAAAUUUCGGAUUCAACGUGGACAAUAAAGCGAAUACCGCAAAUGUUCGCUUUAAUCCUCCACACAGGACUCCAGGGAACUUCUUUUCUUUCACGCAGUUCAAGUCUCAGGCGCACCCUCCCACGCCGGCCAGGCAGAUUCAACAGCUUCUUUAUCAGUCUGGAAUCGCCGGAGAUCCGAACAACGCGCAAGGGAUUGGAAGUCCUGAAGAUUUAAACAUCGUUUCCAAAGUUCUGGCACUGAACGUGGGCGCCGUGCCGAAUAAGAAUUAGUUCAGAAGAAGAAGGAGGCUGAAAUUAGACGAGUCAUGUUAAUCGCUGCAGGACGAUAUUAGCAAGGUGAAAUCGAGCUCCCAUUUUUUCCUUUCCUUAUCCCCUUUAGCCGCCUUCCUCAUCUCCAAUCUAACGUAUGUAUCGUGUACGAAUUUUUCUCUAGAUAGUGAUGGCGAAAAUGUCGUGUUAAUUCGUAUUCAUAUUUAUCUUCGGAUAGAUAGAAAUUGGAGAUGUUUUGUUAGUUGAGUUUCCGGUCGUCAGUCGAUAUUUGGUUUCUUUCUAGAUCUUCUUGAUAUCGGUACAUGCAUAUUAAAGAUUAGAUGCUGAUUAUAGUAGAAUUUCAUUUAAUUGAACUCAUUGGAUGAUAAAUAGCUCAUAUAACUGGAAUUCAUAUAUUUGAUAAGAGUUUACUCAUUCAGGAGUGCGUUAUUUGUGAUUUUUCGCUCGUUUUCUCGUAUAUCUUUUUACUUUCAUGUUAUAUUUCAUUAUCAGUGCUUUUUCGUAUACUAGGAAUUCUCGUUCAGAUAAGUAGAGCCAAUAAACAGAUAUUAGAUCGUUUAAGUAGGCACUAAUUAAAAUUUCGCUGCAAUAAAUAGAGUUCUACUGUCAGGAUAUGGGCAACUAAGAAACAGCGUUCCGAUAGAGAAGGAAUAAUAAUUCAUUGAAAAUAGACAACGAAAAUACGAGAGAAUUUAUGAAAUUAAUAUAUUUUAUAUCUUGCCUGAAUCACGUGCUACGUUAUGAAAGGAUUAAUCAAACUUCUCGCGUCUUAAUAUCGAGUCACUCGUAGGAUCAAAGAUACAGACUAUGCUCGUACCAAAAUCCACUUUUAACUCUGAAUUUAAUUUCAAACCAAGAAUUCCUGAAUACAGAUUGCAUGCGAUAUUUUGCACACAAAAGAUAUGAAUAUUUUGAUAUAAAUAGCUAAUACUCAUGGAAAAAAUUAGAUACCGCAAGGGGGUUAAUAAUUCAAUUACCGAUACUAGUUCGAUCAACAGUAAAAGUUCGGAAUAACGUCGAUUAUUCGCGAAGAUAUUUUCUGUCCGAAGGUUUCGUCGAAUGGAAUGCAUCAGAUGUAUUGUAAUCAACGAGCAUGAGCGCGAUCUCGAGCAAUUCCGAGUGAAAUCGAACCGAAACCGUUCGCAUAACAACCGUGCAACAACUCACUGAUCCCAAGGUGCGUGGGAUCGAAACAAUUCCCGAAGAAAAACGCGACUUUCCACCGGUGUCAUCGCAAUAAGGAAGUCCUUAACAGAUCUUGAUGAUAUUAAUUAAAAUCGAGAAGAUUUUUAGCUUAAGGAUUCAUCGUUUGCACCACACGCAUAAAUUAUGGGAAUUACAUAACCUUAAAUCCGCGUUACAACACGCAGAUUCUGUACAUAAUCGCACGAUCCCUUAUUCCCUAACCUCAAUUUCGCUUUCUUUCUCCUCUUUUCCUUCUCUUUUUCUCUCUUCAUCUUCCUUUUCUCUUCUCCACUAUUAUACUACCAAGUUUCGUCACGGUUGUCCGUGAAAUGUGCUCAAUCGUAAAGAACUGAGCACCGUGAAAUUCCUUUACGGUCUGCGUGGAGGCUCGAAACUGAGUUUUUCGUUGAUGGGAUACUGAUCGGUGUAAAGAUAGCGUGGAGGGAUUUAGACGGUGUUCGAGGGACUUUACUGGUAAUAAUUAUUGUUAAUGUAAGACGUGCAAGGAAUAAGAGAAUGGCGAGUAACUUGCAGAGUAUCAAGGAAAGUAUUUGUUGGUCAAACGUGGUGUCGGUGGUGGAAAAUAAAUAAUUAAGUCAAAUAUAACAGAGCUCGCCCCUUAUAUGUUUUUAUUACAAAGAAGAUUAGAUUAUAGCGAAUACUAUUUUUUUAAUUAAAUUUUAAUUCACUAUAGAAUCAGAGAUUUCAUUGAUACUGUUUGAUGCAAUCAUUAGUCGAUUAAUAUAAUGAUUCCUGGAUUUCAAAUUAAAAAAAUUAGUUACAACUCUAUUCCCUUGCUAGAAAAUAAAAUUUUGUUUCUAGGAGGUUAAUUAAAAUACGAAAUGCUAUCAUACUUCAAGUACUUUUUAGAAUUGUAAAAACAAUGGUGCGUUACUAGGGAAACUAUAACUAUUAAAACUUCUGAAAUACAUAUUACGAUACAGGUGGAUUAUAAUUUUUUAAGAAGAAAGACAAAUAAUCUUAUUAGAAAAAUCUCAUAUCUUUCCGUUUGAAACUGAUAAAAUUUUCACUAAAGUUUAAUACUAAAAUUUCAAAAACCUUGGCACAGUUUUCAAAUCGCUAAAUGCACAGAUCGCUAAUGCCACAGAUGUGAAUAUUAAUUAAUCAUUUGUUUUUCACCGCCGAGCACGAUUUUUCAUCAACAGGAACAAAUACAGAAGCAAAUACAGAAGAGACCUAUAACCACUCUGCACAACAGCCAAAGCCAAAAUUCUUGUGCAGUCAAGUUUUUUUGGAACAUCGCGUUAAAAUCGUUUCUAUUUCACAGCAGUCAAUAUAAGAUGUUUCUGCUACGACGAAUAACCAUAAUAUACACGAUAAGACAGCAGUUUAGAUAAGAUGUUUCUGCAACGACGAACAACCAUACUAUACACGAUAACACGCAGUAUAGCUACUGCCCCGGCCGAGGCCAUUAUUUAUGUAGAUGUACUUACUAGUUAUAUGUAGUCUGUUUCAAUAGUAAUAAGAUGCUUACCUUAUAAAUCAGGUUUAUGGUUCUAAUUAGAUCUAAGUAAAUUAAUAUGAUCUUUGAAGCAUGUUACAGUGUUUUGGUUAUAUAAAAGUUUGGUAUAUAUCAUUUAUUUGAUGAAAGAAUUUUUGUAUAGAUUUUUAUGAGAUUUUUUAAUGGAAAAAUAUGUAAGUGGGUGUGUUUGAAGUUUUAUAUAUUUUUUGAAUUAGUACCUACAAUUAUGGCCUAAACUCUAAACAUAAACAAAACGAAAGUCUAAUACUACGUUAGUCGUAUAUGGUCAGAAAUUGUGAACAAUCAACUGUGCAAAGUUAUAAUAAUAUAUACAGUAAAAUAGAAAGAACCUCUACGAAUCUAUUAAAGACAAGAAAUAACAAAUUAUGAAGUUACUCUUGCAACAGACUACGCAUACAGUGUGUUCGAUUUAAGUGUAUACGCGUUAAUAUUUCUCUAACUAUAAAAGUACAAAAAAUUUUUCAUACAAAAUUUGAUUCGAUGGAAAAGUAGAAAUAGAACUUUUAAUCAUUAAUAUAUCCUAUUUUUGCUAAUCUACUAAACAUUUCAAGGCGCGUUUAACAACUUAUAUUAAACUGCAUCUUUGAAAAAAAAUUUAUCAAUUGUCCCUCUAAGUAUUAAUACCUAGUUUGAGUAAUAUUAUUUACUCAUACUUUAGAAACAAUAGAGUGAUAAUAUCCUAAAACACGUUUGCUUGAAAAAUAACAGUUAUAUAUUAGUUAAUUAGUGUUUCUAUCCGACUUACAAAUAAUUCUAUAGCAUUCAACUAUUCUUAUAAACUGUGACAUAUAUAUCAGUGACAAAUAUUAAAUUCCAGUUAAUAUCUGUCCCUCCUGAAGCUGUUAAACAAGUUAAGUUAAAGAAAUAGUAGCGUGUAUACAAUGAAAACGGACAUUCUGAAAAGCAUCUAAACCGCCGGACGUCGGCACUGUGAGAAUUCAACUCUCCUGAGAUCAAGGGUCUCGCAAAAUCGUGCAUCCAGCCAUGCUUCAGAAUUGAAAAUACCUCGCCGACUGUAAAUAAACUUUCGCCACGAAAGACGCCUCACAAUGCCACCAGGGAAGAGUCCCAGAGCAAGUGUGUGUACGUGCAUGUCCUCAAUUUCACAAACGUUUGGCAUAGAUUCGUGAUUUUCUCUCUGGCGUACGGAUCGAUGGAUCUCGUAUGACCUCAGAGCCGAUGUAAAUCGAUAUUCAGGAAACGAUAAGUUGGGCUUACUUGUUAUAUUAAUGCUAGCAUUACCAAACCAGUUAAAAUAAUUGUUUUUAUAAUUGCAAAAAUUAAUGAUUAAGUGAAUAAAAAGAAAUGUGAAAAUGGGCUAUAGUACACUAUAAGAUAAUAAUAAAACAAUUGGUAAUUCUUUUAUGAAAAUAUUUGGAUAAAUACCACAAUAGUAUUUGAUGAGAUAUCUUUUCAGUUGUAGUAAAUAUAUUAUAGUUGAGUACAUAUUGGAGGUUGGUAAUUCCAGUAUGAGACUAAUUGCACUUUUUGUCAUAGAAUUAUCAAACUUGAGUCUUCUGGGUGUAAUAAUUUUGCUCAGAUAGUAUUAUUCAAUCCCUGAAAGCAUCAAUUUUGAUAAUUGUAUAAUAUUAAAUCGUGAAAAGUUAAACUAAAGGGCAGUGGCAACUAUUUGCGAAUAAUAUUAUAAAUAUUUAUAAAAGAAAAUAACCUCUUUUUUAAGUUUGUAUUCCUGUUGAAAAUUUUGGGAAUUGUUUGUAAGGAGGACAACGAAACGAAACGUGUUUGAGAAGCACUUUAUGCGAGAGCACUUAUUGCGAAUGAAGAGGAAUUUAUACAGCAAAAAUAAAAGCGUGUAUAGGUUGUUUUUCAACGUGUGUUAAGACUUGAACUUAUGUUAAAAGUUAAUAUAUAACAUUAGAAUAGAAUAAUAUAUAAUGUUAGACGUAAUCGACAAGUUUUGCUUGUAAUUUAUCUGACGCCAAACUAUUACGAUCCUUUGUAAAAAUGUUAAUAAACUAAUUCGUUUAAAAAGGUAA